AUGGCCAACAUUGUGGUGAAGACCAUCUGGCAGUCCAAAGAAAUAAAUGAGGCUGGAGACACACCAAUAGGGAUUGAGAGUCGGGCUCAGGGCACCAAGGAUCAGCUGGGAAAGCCUACUAGCAUCAAAGGCUUCCCCAAAAAGAAGAAAGCCGUCUCUUUCCAUGGAGUUGAACCCCAUUUUACCACUGAAAGUCCCAAUCUGAAUUUGAAGCGUUCUUCUGCUUGCACUAAUGUCUCUCUUCUGAAUCUAACUGAUGGGGAACGUGAUGAUUCUACCACCGAGAAUGAAUCCACAGAUGACGGAGGCUUACCAGGGGGAACUGGAGGCGAAAGACGGGAUCCUCUGUUUCCCAUCAAGCCAGCUUGGUCAGAAGAUGAAGAUGAUAAUUCCAGCCAGCAGGAAGUGAGUAAUAGUGGCCUUUUACGAGCCAAGGAUUCUAUCACCAGCCUCAAAGAGAAGACAUCCAAGGUCACCCACCAUCUUCAGAAUCUGCAGGAAAGCUGUCGAAAAGUGACAAAAUCUGUGGAGGAUGCCGAAAUAAAGACCAGCGUACUGGAAGAAAACUCAGCCCUCUUGGAGGAGAAACUGCGUAACUUACAGCAACAGGUUCAAGUAGAAGACUUUCGUGGUAAGAUCUCAUGGCAAUUGCUGGAAUAGGGGAUGGCGAGUGGGGUCUCCAAACAAUUUUUGUACCUCAUAAGUAGCAUGAUCCCCAAGGUUGCCCAUCUUUGGGGAGAGAAAUGCAUGCUGGAGCUGGCCCAGAAGGAGGUGUUGCGGCUAUUGGCCCAGUUGGGGAUACGCUUGGAAGGAGUGCUUCCCCAGAGGGAAAGGACACAAGUGGAACAAGGCCAAGCACUCAGGAUGCUGCGGGAGGAACUGGAUGAAGUCUCUUCUGCGGCAAAGCGGGCAUCAGUAUCUCUCACUCAGGUCCGGGAAGAUCUGGAUGGGCUCCUGGAAGACAUAUCCCGACAUCUUGCAACACUAAAGAAUAUGGAAGGAUCCAAUUGGCCUCCUUUUAAUUGUGCUAGAUGUUCCAGCUACAGCAUUGUGAAUACAGAGGUACUGCGAAAGAUGUUUGAACAUGCGAUGGCGCCCAUUUUGGAGGAGCUGAAGCAGAGGGGCCAACCCGAAGGCAUAUGCCCCAGCUGCCAGCAUUUGCAGAAGACAAUGACACAGUGAGGCACAGAGUAGACUAACCCCAGACCCUCCUGCCCCCAAUAAAAUGUUUCCAGAGUGCAGUCUUUCUGGAGCAUUUUUCUGACCCUAAGUUAUGCAGACCAGAUCAAGAUGUCCUUGCCCUGGGAAGUCUGGAGACAGAUCCAU